UAAGGUGCCCGGGACUCGCGGGCAUUGCGCGGAGGGAACGGCGGGAGGCGCGGCCUGGCCUGGCUCGCACAGCCGCCGCGCACGCCCCGGUCUCGGCCGACCCGCCGGGGGACGAGGGGCAGCGGCCUCGCGGCACCGCGGCGCACGCUUCCUGGCAGUUACUGAUUGUCUCUGAAGAAACAUGAAGUCACACUAUGUUGUUAUGCUUACACUAGUCGUCCUGAUGUUCCUGACCUGGCUCCCUGUGUCACUGAGCUGUAACAAAGCACUGUGUGCUAGUGAUGUGAGCAAAUGCCUCAUUCAGGAGCUCUGCCAGUGCCGGCCCGGUGAGGGCAAUUGUUCCUGCUGUAAGGAGUGCAUGCUGUGUCUCGGGGCCCUUUGGGACGAAUGCUGUGACUGUGUUGGUAUGUGUAAUCCUCGAAAUUACAGUGACACACCUCCAACGUCAAAGAGCACAGUGGAGGAGCUGCAUGAGCCCAUCCCUUCUCUCUUCCGGGCACUCACAGAAGGAGAUACUCAGCUGAAUUGGAACAUUGUUUCCUUCCCUGUUGCAGAAGAACUUUCACAUCAUGAGAAUCUGGUUUCAUUUUUAGAAACUGUGAACCAGCCCCACCACCAAAAUGUGUCUGUUCCCAGCAAUAAUGUUCAUGCACCUUAUUCCAGUGACAAAGAACACAUGUGUACUGUGGUUUAUUUUGAUGACUGCAUGUCCAUUCAUCAGUGUAAAAUAUCCUGUGAGUCCAUGGGAGCAUCCAAAUAUCGCUGGUUUCACAAUGCCUGCUGCGAGUGCAUUGGUCCUGAGUGUAUUGACUAUGGGAGUAAGACUGUCAAAUGUAUGAACUGCAUGUUUUAAAGAAGGAAAAGAAAUGCAAACCAAAGCAGUUUAGUAAAAAGAAAGGUAUGAAAGUUAUUCAGUAAGUCUGUUGGUUGCAUCAGAAUGCCAGCAAGUUAAGAAGAUGUAAAGACUUUAGAAUGAGUUGCUUUUAAAGUUAUGACAUAUCCAGUAAAGUGUUAAAUUAUGUGAUCAUAACUGCUCUUAUUGACUUUCCUGCCCACUAGCAAUAAGCCCUUUCCUCUGAAUACAUGUAGAGCUUUGGUCAUAUGAGAAGCAGGUGUACAGAGCAUUCCUUGAAAGGUCUGAGGUUUUCAACAUAAAGCCUAAUGCUGUUUUCUUCUAGCAUUCCAAAAGCUUUUUGUUUUGAAAGUAUUAGCAGAAGCACGUUACUGUGAGUUAUGAUUUCUUCAUGUGCUACUCCUAGGACGCUGAGUAUUUGUAGUUGCACACCAUUCUUCAUUGUGCCUUGUAUUUAUCUAUUUUAUCUAAAUAGACAUUCAAAUAUAUCACUCCAAGAACUCAUAAAAAUCACCAUAAAAAUCUUAAUUUUAAACUUUUUAAAGUGGGUUUUAGAAAGUAAAUGCUUACUGUAUUUUAUCAUUGAAAACUCUUACUAGUAGUAUCUAUCUUAUAAUACACGUGUUGACAGAGCUUUAGGGAAAGUUUCUCAUUCUCUUCGAUUCUCCCUGCCCAAAAUGCCGACACAGGCAGUGAUGAAGAAUCCCUGCCAAGGAUUUCAGGGUACACCUUUGAAAUUGCAUUAAAUACACCACUAGGGUAAAUAGCAAGUUACAGCAUUUCUUUGACUUAAGGUACCAGCUUAAAGAGCACUCAGGGUGAGGAACAACCGCCAGAUCAGACUCACAGAGAGCACCGGGGAAAUAGCUUGUCCCCUUGCAGGGAAAUGGCCUGGCUGAGCGGUCAGGCUGUGCUGGAGGCAAGACAAGCAGCGAUCCCAGCUCCCAGCGCGAGGGGCAGGGGAGGACUUGAAGAAGAGGAUUUACGGGCAUGAACAGGGAAGGGUGUAGUCUUUCAUUUGUUAAGUUCAUGUCUGAUCUAAUGUUCUUAUUAAACAAGUAUAAUCAUAUUGUGAGGGUUGAGAUUAUGAAAUUUCAAAAUCUCUGUUUAAGAUGAUGUUCACUGCAAAUACACUAUGGAAUAUUUAGUCAGCUUUUUAUCUAAUGUUUCAAUAAAGAUAAGCUUAAAUACUA